UCCCUAGUCACUCCAGUCAGCAGCAGGCCAGGGGAACAGGUCGGUCUGGUAUCUGAGGAGCCAGGCCAGCCCCCAGGAGUGGAGGCCCGGCUCACCGGUCCCCUCCCUGCUCAUUUGUGGGAAGGCUGAAGGAGAGGGGAGAGAGAGACCAGAGGCAGGUCAGACUGGAUGAACGUACUGGCCUUGACCCCUUCCCAGUGCUCACCCUGACAGCAUCACUUCACUUUGUCCCUGGACCGGCUGAGAGGUAGCUGAGGAGCAGAAUCUCCGGGGAAGCCUUCUUCUCCAGGGUCUGGAAGAGACUGGCCACUCAGGGAGGUAGCUGCCUCUCAGAGAGGCAGCAAGAGCCAUGGCCCGGCCCCACGGGGGACGUCGUGUCUGGAAGGAGUUUACCUUCACAGCCUCCCUGUUGGCCUGGUGGACUGUCCAUCAGGCCUGGGCCGCUCUCCUCAUUGAGAAGAUUCCUGAGGUGCCCCAGGAGGGCCAAGACAUCCUUCUGUCUGUUCACGGUGUCCCAGGGGCCAUCCAGGAUUUCAACUGGUACCAGGGCAAGGAGACUGAUGGGGGCACAAUGAUCUUCUCCUACAUCCCAGGCCUGCAAAGGCCUCAGAGGGAUGGAAACGCCAUGAAGGGGAGGAACAUCAUUGGAUUUCCCAACGGCUCCCUCCUCCUCCGCAAUGCCCAGCCCAAGGAUAGCGGUACCUACCAAGUGGGCAUCACCAUCAAUCCAGCCUGGAUCGUGAGGGCCAAGACUGAGCUACAAGUCACAGAGAAAGCCUUGAACUCCACCAGCCCCAUUCCCGAGCACCAGGAUCCAGCGAAGGACAGCUCCUUGCCCAUGAACUCGGGGACCACAGUCGCCAUUGUUGUCGGCUGCCUGGGUUUGGGGGCCCUCGUUGUGGGCAGUGGCUUGGUCUACCUGCUGGUCACUAGAAGCUGGAAGAUCAAAAGUCCUGAGGCCAUCACCGCAAGACCAGACCUAGGAAGACACAUGUGCCACAAACACAAAGCUGACAGCAGUAAUAUCUAUGAGGAGAUCCAUUCUCCCAACAUCCUGAUCACACCAAAGAGUGAUAAAGGAAGCAGCAGUCCAAACCUGACCACAACUAUGCCCCAGACCAGGAACCACGAAGAGGAAGAUCAGCGCUACCAGAAGCUGCAGGACCCAGACCCUGCUCCGUACUGCCAACUCACACCCACGGCCUACCUCGCCUGGAGGAUCAAGUUCACUUCUGGGCACCAUGUUCAGAAGGAUGUCGAUAAGCUGCAGGCUGGAGAGCGUCCAAGGGAAGAGAAGCAGACUGGGGAACGAUUGAACAAUGAGAAAGGUACAGCCUCCCUCCCCAGAGGGACCGGGGCAGGUCAUGGCCCCAUGGCUGCCCUUGGCACACACCAGUUGGGUGCCCCAACCGAGACCCAGAUUUCUGGUGACUCGAUCCCUCCAAAUUCAGGUGAUCUCCCCAAUGUUCCAAGUCGCCACUCCCUCCCAGAUCCAGCCCCAGACCCAAGAGGAGUCACAACCAGGAGCGCUCACCUAAGGGACUCCAGAAGAUCCCCAGGCACAGGCAACAGGCUUCCUGGUCUCCAUUUGGGAGUAGCAAAUGGCACUACCCUGGGGCAGCUGGAACCCCCACCAACGGGGCUCCUGGCCCUGGAAGGGACUUCUCCUGACAGCUCUAAAUCCCGUGAUGCUCCAAGACAGAUACAGAGGCUGAGGGAGAGAGGGCUCCCACAUCCUCAGCGAAGGUCUCUCCUCCUAAGUGCCUGGAUCCCACCAGCCCCAGCCCUGCUGAACAUCUUAGCCAUCCCGGAGGAACCGGCCCAGGGGGAGAACGUCACCCUGCUGGUGAGAGGCCUCCCUGGGGAGCUCGUGGCUUACAACUGGUACCGAGGGACAAGCCUCAGCCAGGCCCACCUCAUCCUGAGCUACAUCAUCAGCAUUGCAGAUGAGACACCGGGCCCUGCCUACACAGGCCGGGAAGCCGUCCGCCCCGAUGGGAGCCUGGACAUCCGGGACGUGGUCCCUGAGGACUCCGGCAGCUACAUCCUGCAAACCCUCAACCAGCGGUUCGAGACCGACGUUGCCUAUGGGCACCUGCUGGUCUAUGAGAUCCUGUCCCCACCUCUCCUCCUGGCCAAUGGCACCAAGCUGGUGGAGCGGCGAGACGCCAUCCAUCUGCUGUGCAGUACACCCAGCAUGGCAGACAUCCGCUGGUUCUUCAAUGGGGAGCCGCUCCCUAUUGGCAGCCGUCUGGGGCUCACCCCAGACAACCGGGUUCUGGUCCGGCACAACGUCCGCAGAGAAGAGGCCGGGUCCUACCAGUGCGAGGUUUGGAACCCUGUCAGCGUCAGCCGCAGUGACCCUGUCAACCUCACGGUGUACUAUGGCCCGGAUCGAGUAACAAUUGUCCAGGAAUCCGCCUUCCGGACAGGCUGCACUGUGGAAGCCGAAUUCAAUGCGUCUCUAAUACUUUGGUGCGUGACCAGGUCCUGCCCAGACCCCGAGUAUACGUGGUCUCUCAAUGGGCGGCCCCAUGACAGCACCACCAGCUCUCUCAGCAUCAACAGAAUGACCAAGGACAAGGAAGGGACCUAUACCUGCAUUGCCAAAAACCCCAUGACCGAGCUCUCGGGCUCGGCCUCAGUCUUGGUCAAGAUGUCGGUUGCCACUUCAGCCACGACGAUAGUGCCUAUUCCCAGCAAGCCCACUGAGGGGAAGGAUGUCAUCCUGUCUGUCCAAGGCUAUCCCAAGGAUCUUCUGGUCUAUGCCUGGUACCGAGGGACAGCCUCCGAGCCCAAUCGCCUGCUCAGCCAGCUGCCCUCUGGAAAUUGGAUUGCCGGGCCAGCCCAUACCGGGAGGGAGAUCGGUUUUGCCAAUUGCUCGUUGCUCAUCCAGAAGUUAAACCUCACAGACACCGGCCGCUACACCCUGAAGACUGUCACCCUGCAGGGCAAGACGGAGACACUGGACGUCCAACUGCAGGUCUCAAGAUUCUUCAGGGGCUCCCUGGGUCCUAGUUAG